AUGGAGAGUGAUAUACAAUCAGUUUUCAGCCAUCAUGCUGCUCCACCUGUUUUUGAUGGCCAAAAUUAUCAAGCAUGGGCUGUUAGAAUGACGGUUUAUCUUGAUGCUAUGGAUCUUUGGGAGGUUGUAGAAGACGAUUACGUCGUUCAACCAUUGCCUGCAAAUCCAAUGGUGGCACAGAUAAAAAUUCACAAGGAGAGAAAGACAAGGAAGUCAAAAGCCAUCUCUUGUCUUUACUCUGCAGUUUCAAGUACCAUUUUUACCAGGAUCAUGAAUCUGAAUUCAGCCAAAGCCAUAUGGGAUUAUCUCAAAAAUGAGUACCAAGAUUAUUCGGACAAGUUACUGGGCAUUGUCAACAAAGUAAGGCUACUAGGUAAGGAUUUUUCUGAUGACAGAAUUAUCCAAAAAAUUCUUGUCACUCUUCCUGAGAAAUAUGACUCAAAAAUCUCUUCACUAGAAGAGUCUAAGGAUCUGUCAAGCAUAUCCUUGGCAGAGUUGGUUAAUGCUUUGCAGGCUCAGGAGCAAAGAAGAAUAAUGAGAAAAGAAGGAACUGUGGAGGAUGCUUUGAAGGCCAAAUCUGAAAGUUCAGGAGGCAAAGACAAGAAAUUCAUGGAGAAAUGA